AUAUUCUGCUGCAAUUCUAAGUUGGCCGGGGGCCGGCCGUGAGACCUACUUCAGCAAACUCUGCUCCUCUUGUCUUCUUUUCUCCUGAUACCUUUUGAUGCUCUUCACAUGUUAUUUGCAUAGCAAAGGCCCUCAGCUGUCCAGGAAGAAAGGGCACCCUCUCCACCCCCAAUAAGCCUUUUUUUCUCCCUUCCUUUCUUUUUUCCCUUUCCUUUCUUUUUUUUUUUUUUUCUUUCCCCCUUUCUUUCUCUCUCUCUCUCUCUCUUUUUUUUUUGGCCGGGUGGGGGGCGCGUGCAGGAGAAAAAGGGGGUCUGCAAAUGCAGCAGCAUCUCAGGAUGAUAACCUGGUUGUAUGGGAGGCAUCUCUUUUUUUCCUGCCAAAUCGGAAAGCCCGUUCUCUGAAACCCGGGUUAGCCAGACGAUAGGGUUUUAUUCUGGCUGCAGAAUAACUGACUGACUGCUGUGGCUUUGCAAAGGGGGGCAGGAGAGAGAGAGAGAGAGAGAAAAAAAAAAAGCUAGGAGAGGAGAAGGGAGUACGUGAGUCGUCCAGUGCAAUCUCUAUUGUUUGAAACUUACUUUUUAUCAGAAUUUGAAGAUGAAAACGCACAUAGGUAACCCUCCAAAAAAUCAUCCAGUUUGCUAAAUUAUGGAAAUUUUGUGGAAGACGUUGACCUGGAUUUUGAGCCUCAUCAUGGCUUCAUCGGAAUUUCAUAGUGACCACAGGCUCUCAUACAGUUCACAAGAGGAAUUCCUGACUUAUCUAGAACACUACCAGCUCACUAUUCCAAUAAGGGUUGACCAAAAUGGAGCUUUCCUCAGCUAUACUGUGAAAAAUGACAAACACUCGAGGAGAAGACGGAGUAUGGACCCUAUCGAUCCACAGCAGGCAGCAUCUAAGUUAUUUUUUAAACUCUCAGCCUAUGGCAAGCACUUUCACCUGAACUUGACCCUCAACAUGGAUUUUGUGUCCAAACAUUUCACCGUAGAAUACUGGGGAAAAGAUGGACCUCAGUGGAAACAUGAUUUUUUAGACAACUGUCACUACACAGGAUACUUGGAAGAUCAACAUAGUACAACCAAAGUGGCUUUAAGCAACUGUAUUGGGUUGCAUGGUGUUAUUGCAACAGAAGAUGAAGAAUAUUUUAUUGAACCAUUAAAGAACACCACAGAGGAUUCCAAACAGUUUAGUUAUGAAAAUGGCCAUCCCCAUGUAAUUUACAAAAAGUCUACCCUUCAGCAACGGCAUAUGUAUGAUCACUCUCAUUGCGGGGUUUCUGACCUCAUGAAUGGCAACCCUUGGUGGCUGAAUUCCACAUCUGCUUUUCCUUCUGCACCACCAACUAAUGGCACACACAGACAGAAGAGAUCCAUAAGCACUGAGCGCUAUGUGGAGACGUUAGUCGUGGCAGACAAAAUGAUGGAGUCCUAUCACGGCCGCAAAGACAUUGAACAUUACAUUUUGAGUGUAAUGAAUAUUGUUGCCAAACUUUACCGUGAUUCCAGCCUAGGAAACGUUGUGAAUAUUAUAGUGGCCCGCUUAAUUGUUCUCACGGAUGAUCAGCCAAACUUGGAGAUAAACCACCAUGCAGACAAGUCCCUCAAUAGCUUCUGUAAAUGGCAGAAAUCCAUUCUCUCCCACCAAAGUGAUGGAAACAUCAUUCCAGAAAAUGGGAUUCCCCACCACGAUAAUGCGGUUCUUAUGACUAGAUAUGAUAUCUGCACUUAUAAAAAUAUGCCCUGCGGAACACUGGGCUUGGCCUCUGUGGCUGGAAUGUGUGAGCCUGAAAGGAGCUGCAGCAUUAAUGAAGACAUUGGCCUGGGUUCAGCUUUUACCAUUGCACAUGAGAUUGGUCACAAUUUUGGUAUGAACCAUGAUGGACUUGGAAAUCCUUGUGGGACGAAAGGUCAUGAAACAGCAAAACUUAUGGCAGCUCACAUUACUGCAAAUACCAAUCCUUUUUCCUGGUCUUCCUGCAGUCGAGACUACAUCACCAGCUUUCUAGAUUCAGGCCGUGGCACUUGCCUUAAUAAUGAGCCUCCCAAGCGUGAAUUUAUUUACCCAACUGUGGCCCCAGGUCAGGUGUACGAUGCUGAUGAGCAAUGUCGGUACCAGUACGGAGAAGGAUCCCGCCAAUGUAAAUUUGGGGAAGUGUGUAGAGAGCUCUGGUGUCUCAGCCAAAGCAACCGCUGUGUCACCAACAGUAUUCCUCCAGCUGAGGGGACAUUUUGUCAAAGUGCGAGUAUUGAAAAGGGGUGGUGCUAUCAUGGAGAUUGUGUUGCCUUUGGCACUUCGCCCCAGAGUGUGGACGGGGGCUGGGGUUCCUGGUCACUGUGGGGGAAGUGCAGCCGGACCUGCGGGGGAGGCGUCUCCUCAUCCCUGAGACGCUGUGACAGUCCAGCACCUUCAGGAGGUGGAAAGUACUGCCUUGGGGAAAGGAAACGGUAUCGCUCCUGUAACACAGAUCCAUGUCCUUUGGGGGCCCGAGAUUUUCGAGAGAAACAGUGUGCAGACUUUGACAAUAUGCCUUUCCGUGGAAAGUAUUAUAACUGGAAACCCUUUACUGGAGGUGGAGUGAAACCUUGCACAUUACACUGCUUGGCUGAAGGCUACAACUUCUACACUGAACGUGCCCCCGCAGUGAUUGAUGGGACUCGGUGCAAUACGGAUUCACUGGAUAUCUGUAUCAACGGAGAAUGCAAGCAUGUAGGUUGUGAUAAUAUUUUGGAAUCCAAUGUUAAGGAAGAUAAAUGUCGAGUCUGUGGAGGGGAUGGAAGCACCUGCGAUGUCGUUGAAGGGUUAUUCAAUGAGACGUCACCCAGAGGAGGAGGCUACCUGACAGUUGUGCAGAUACCAAGAGGUUCUGUUAACAUUGAAAUCAGAGAAGUUGCCGUGUCACCUACCUAUAUUGCUUUAAAAUCUGAAACAGAUGAACACUAUCUUAAUUGUGGCUGGACUAUUGACUGGCCUAAGAAGUUUGAUGCUGCUGGGACAACUUUUAACUACAAGAGACCAACCGAUGAACCAGAAUCCUUGGUAGCUCCAGGUCCCACCUCGACAAAUCUCAUUGUCAUGAUUCUGUUUCAAGAAAAGUAUGAGGGAAUUACAUAUAAGUUCAAUGUUCCUAUCCCUCGGACUGGCAGUGGAGACAGUGAUAUUGGCUUUGCCUGGAAUCAUCAGCCUUGGUCAGAAUGCUCCGCUACUUGUGCUGGAGGUGUCCAAAGACAGGAGGUGGUCUGCAAAAGACUGGAUGACAGCUCUAUUGUCCAGAACAAUUACUGUGACCCUGACACCAAGCCACCUGAAAAGCGAAGAGCCUGCAAUAUUGAGCCCUGCUCACCUGAGUGGUUCAUUGGAGAUUGGUCGGAGUGUAGCAAGACUUGUGACGGUGGAUUGCGUACAAGAGCAGUGCUCUGCAUCAGAAAGAUGGGGCCUGCUGAGGAGAAGACACUGGACUACAGUGCUUGCUUAACACACAGGCCCGCUGAAAUAGAGUCCUGCAACAACCUGCCAUGUCCGCCUCAGUGGGUGGCUUUGGACUGGUCAGAGUGCACUCCCAAGUGUGGUUCAGGAUUCAAGCAUCGGAUUGUUCUGUGCAAGAGCAGUGACCUUUCUAAAACAUUGUCAGCUGCGCAGUGUCCAUACGGGAGCAAACCCCCUACCCGCAUGCGCUGCAGUUUGGGUCGCUGCCCUCCUGCUCGCUGGGUGACAGGAGACUGGGGCCAGUGUUCUGCUCAGUGUGGCCUUGGACAGCAAAUGCGGAUCGUGCAAUGUCUCUCCUUCACUGGGCAGGCAUCUAGAGACUGUCCAGAAACUGUGCGGCCUCCAUCGAUGCAGCAGUGUGAAAGCAAAUGUGACGGUACCCCCACUUCCAAUACUGAAGAGUGCAAAGAUGUGAGCAAAGUGGCUUACUGCCCGCUGGUGCACAAGUUCCAGUUCUGCAAUCGAGCAUACUUCAGACAGAUAUGUUGUAAGACCUGCCAAGGACAGUGACCCAUGGAGAGCCGGAGAGAAAGCUUGUCAUUUCAUCCUGGAAAUGUGUCCAUCACAGAGGAGCCACCCGGAGGAAGAGGAUUGAUGUCCUUGCAGAUGCAUUACCCUGUGGAAAAUGUAACCACUGGUCAGCCCUCGCUGACAGGAUUUCAAUAUUAUUUUAACUUCUGUGAAGUAGGAUUUAUUGAUCCAAAGUGCUGGACACAGUUUUGGGAGGGAAUGCCAGAUUGGAGAGAUCCAAACAACACAGGGAGACUUGCUUACUGUGGAACGUUUGUGUUCUUUCGAGUAAAUCCAAUAGCCUGUUUACCUCCUUGGACCAUUAAGAUAAUUUUUAUUAUAGACUUAGCAAUGACACUGAAUCCAUGUGUAUUUAAAACUGUUUAAGAUGUAGUUGGUAUGACUUGGUCAACUAUGGAAGUAAAGAAGAUUCAGAAAUCUUAAAUCAUAGCUUAAAAAAAAUAUUUACUGUACUUUAUCUCACUACAACAGCACCAUCUUUUAAAUUCUAAACUGGGCUUUUAACCUGUAAUUUAAGGAGCAAUUAUAAAUCAAGACUAAUGAAAGUUUGUAUGAUUUUUUUUCUUCCUUCUACUUAAUUUCCUUAGGAAUAAUCCCCCUGUUCUGAACACUGCUGUGAGCCAUACAUAAAACUACAUUAAGCUGAACGACAGUGAAGGACUUAGUUGAAAGCAGUGCCUCAGUCACUGCAGCUGUGCAGCCUAUAAAUUCAGUGCUGAAAACUGUGGCCUGCCUGCCAUUGUGCAAGUGAAGCUGAGAUUCCCAUUAACACUUUAAGAGAAAAACAUUUCAAUGUCACGCAGAAGCCAGACCUGGGGAGUGGGUGGAGACCGAAGUACUACCAGAUCCUUUGCUGCCAUCACACAGGGAUGCCUCAGCUCUUAACAGGAGUCACUCCAACUCACUUGUGUUUACAGCCACAGAACGGCUCCUGCCCCACUGGGUGGCUGCACCCACACUAUGCUGACUGAGACCAUACCAGGCCAAAAGGAUAGACCGGCUCAGUAACAACCAGGCAGACCCUGUUGCUGACAGUUACGAUGGGUUCCAGAUGUCCCUUCUUUGAUAUGGCAGAAGGGCAUUUAUUUAUAUGGGAGCAAGUGUGUGUGUGUGUGUGUGGGCGCUUUUGAGUGUGUGAGUCGAGGAGCGUGGUAUUUCUCUGAGAUUUAAAGUAGGCAAGGGAUAACAACCAAAGAAGAAAAACUCAUGAAGACUAGAGAUUAUAAAGCCUAAUUUUUAAUAGUCAUUCAACCAAGUAUUUUAUAAUUUUUUUAAUGGUUGUUCUGAACAGCAACUAAAUGUGAAACCCAGUUUCUUGAGCAGGUCAAAUUCUAGAAUCAAAUCCACCUGAUUUAAAUUGACUAGCUCACACAUUCCCUACCCACAAGUUUCACAUCACGCUCAUCAAAAUACAUGACAGUGAAAUUUAAAGAAAAAGAGGGUACUUGUUUAUAUGAAUAUGUUAUACUUGAACACUUGUAGCUUGCAGCAGGUUCCAUUGAAUGUGCUCUGUGUCCUACACGUGUGUCCACCAUGCUACACCGACACCUCACACUUCAGCCAAAUGGCUCCUCUGUAAAGGUGCUACUUGCAAGUUGAAGAGUAAAUCUGGCUUAAUCCAUCACUAUGCUCUGAGACUCCACGUCAGGUGUAUGACCUAGAGUCCUAGACCAUGACUUGAUGGGGGUGAUUAGGUGCUUUCAGAAAGGAAGAGAGACUCACAGGCUCCAAAAACCAACCUAGAUGUUAGUCGUGCUGUGGAGAGCCAACAGGGGAUAGGGUUCUGCACACUCAGUCGUGCUCAUGUGUCUCUCAUCACCUGCUUUCUCAACCCCACUAGCUCACGUCCCUGUGCUUCCCAGGGAGAGCUGUUGACAAUACUUGAGAGUUGCUGUCAGGGCCACUGUUCAUGGCUGCCCAGGUGCCUUCUUAGCCAUUCAGCAAAGGGAGGGCCAGGGGCCUCAGCACUGAAUUCCCAUGGUGCUUUGCAAAGAGCGGUUAACUUGGUGCUAAUCUGGUGAAAUAGACAAAAGAUGAGUGGUUUCUGUGGCAUUUCAGGCACAGGUUUGCCAUCAGGAUCUGCUUUUCUCCAAUAUAAAUAUCAGCUCAUAUGUUUAUUUAAACAGAUUUCUUACAUUAUUGAUUAAGGGCUAUUUUUUUUUUUUUUUACCUCAUUUGGAAACGAACAUUGCAAGGGCCAUCCACCCAGGCACCAGGCACCCCUGAUUGGUUGUGGAAGAGGAGGGCAGCCAGUGCCCUCUGGGGUGUGCAGAGUAUCAGGUCACCUUCUCAGAAGGAACCAAGCAUGGAACGUAACAGGAUUAAACAUUUCAGAUAGGCCCUGAGUUAAUCCAAGUGAGG